UUGACAUCAUCAGAUGGAAACUGUAAUUUUCACUGUUGCAUUAUUAUGUUUACAUCUAGCUUGCUGGUUACAGUAUUGUUAGCUAUUUCUUGCAAGUCUUUAAUUUAAACUCUUUUUUUAUCCACUCAAGCAUAGUAGCUGACUGAGAUAAAUUUAAAAGUAGCAUCUUAGAAAUAUUUCUGUUUUCAACCAUUCUAUUUAAGAUGGCCAAUCCUAAAUAUGCUGAUUUACCUGGCAUUGCUCAUGAUCAACCAGAUGUUUACGAAACAACAGAUUUACCGGAAGCAGAACAAGGAACGUUCUCCAUUUCGGAUGUCAUUGUGGAUCAGUGUGACAGUGUACAAAUACUGAACAUCUCUCCAAGUGAUGCUCAUUCAAAAUUUAAAGGAAAGACACUUGAUGCGGGAAAUGUUGGUAAGUUUUCAUUUUAAUAAGUGAGUUUUUUUGUUUUAAAUUUA